AUGUCCUCCGUCCCGCGCCCGCCGUUCGCCGCGGGCAUCGCGUCUUCUGCGCCCGGCGCGCCCGGAUCUUGCGCGUUCACUCAGCGCACGCCGCAAUACAAGGGCGUGCGGCAACGGCGCUGGGGGAAGUGGGUGUCGGAGAUCCGCGAGCCGCGCAAGCGCUCGCGCAUCUGGCUGGGGUCGUACGACACGGCGGAAGACGCGGCGCGCGCGUACGACACCGCCGCGCGCAUGCUCCGCGGGCGGCGCGCGAGUCUCAACUUCCCGAACAGCUUCGCGACGGUUCCGCUGCCGUCCGCGACGGCGGAAGCGCUGCUGCGCGCGAGUAAGGAGGCUGCGCGCGUGCUGGGACUGAAACCUGACGAGAUCGCACCUUUGAUGUGGUGA